CAGAUAUGAAAGAUAUUUUAGUUAUAGUAUAAUAUAUGUACAUACAAUACUGUGUAAGCAGUUUACAUUAGUAUGGUGGAAGUUGGGUGGAAAUGUCUCAUAGGUGCUUAAUACAUUGGUUCUGCAUUGGUUACUUCAGGUUCCUCCAGCUGUUGAGGUUUAUGCUGUUCCCAGGAAGCCAGUCAUUACCACUUGUUUUGGGCCUGUCUAAAAAUAACUUUUUUUGCUGGCAGAAGAUCGAGAAGAACUAGUGACUAUAUUUGGAACAGACAUUAAGUUUAACUGGGAUGAACUUCUUUUUCGGGUUGUGUACUCAACUGUAAGUAUUAAAACUAAAUAUUUAUUUGGAAUGCUAAGUUUAUCUGCAAGGGUCAAAAUGAGUAGUGAAGAUGUUUGUAUACAACAUUGUUGACACGUGACUCCUAAUAAAAAUAAAAUGGAAAAAAAAAAUUACAUGUUGAUCAUUUUGACUAACGUCCACUUGACAAAAUAUUAGACUAGUGAAAACGAAUUGACUGUAAUAUAACAAUCCCGCAUGAUGAACUGUUCAAAUGUAUGAUUACUUUGGAUGUAGUUUAAUAAACUGAACUAAAUGAACUCUAAAGUGUUUCUGCUGUUUAAAGAAACGUUGUCGAUAUAAUAGAAACAUGUACCGAUAUAAUAUCAGUACAGCUCAAUAACUCUACAGAGGACAGCGUCCGUAUUGAAGCCUUAUAUGACAAAUAAACUGGUAAUUGAGCGUACAUCGAGUUCAAUUUGUAGUCUGCUACAUAAACAUGCGUGGCCUGGGGGCGACCUUGAGUGGUCGGGUGGGCGGGGCUCUGACUCGGACCAAUCAGAGACGCCUCUACACAGGAACUUCCGGCUCCGGACACAGAGGAGUGUUUCUUCUUGUCAGCUGGCCGCUGCGACUCGUAGCUACGUCAACUGUCUAGCGAGACAACAAGUUUACUUGGACCAUUAAACAGCGUCCGUGGGCUUCAAAAUGAGUCAAGCCAGAGCUGCGACUCCACGGCAGGAAGUUUGCACACUUUAACAGUCAAGCCCACGUUUUCCAGCGGCGUUCACGAGCCUAAUGAGAUGACAGUCGUAUUGUCCUAGCUUGUUGGCUAACGUUAGCUAUUUGUCUGGUGGUGAGUUUACCGACAUGUCUGCUAUUGAGAUGUCUCUGAGGCAGAAAUACCGUCGCCCACCGGCGACUAUAAAGCAGGAGCAGGACGACGACUCGGACGCGGAGGAGACUCACCUGGGGCUGAGGAGGGUGGACGGGCUGGAGUCCCAAAUCAUCCACAGCGGACACUUCAUGGUGUCCUCGCCCCACAUCGAGCACCCCCCGAAGAAAGGCUACGACUUCGACACUGUAAACAAACAGACCUGUCAGACGUAUCACUUCGGCAAGGCGAGCACGUCGCACCUCUCCAUAGACGCGUCACUGACUAAACUGUUCGAGUGUAUGACCCUUGCCUAUAGCGGUAAGUUGGUGUCUCCCAAAUGGAAGAACUUCAAAGGUCUAAAGCUGCUUUGGAGAGACAAGAUCCGACUCAACAACGCCAUAUGGAGAGCCUGGUAUAUGCAAUAUGUGGAAAGAAGGGAGAAUCCUGUUUGUCAUUUUGUGACACCCCUGGAUGGAAGCAUGGAGCUGGAUGUCCAUCGUCCUGCAGAGGCCGUUGCCACAGAGGGGAAAUGCUGGAAAAGAAGAAUUGAAAUUGUCAUACGAGAAUAUCACAAGUGGAGGACAUAUUUUAAGAAAAGGCUACAAAAGCACAAGGAUGACGACCUUUCAAGCUUACUUACGGGGCCAGCGGAGCAGUUUUCGCUGUUUGGGGAAGUCUCUCCAGACAUGCUCCGUGUCUCCUUUUAUCAGGAUGAAGAGAGUGCGGCGCGCCGCGGGCCUCGUAGGCAUUAUGAAGCGCCCGCCCCCAUGGAGAUGGACCCGCUCUUCGACAUGGACGUUCUGAUGUCUGAGUUUUCAGACACAUUGUUCUCUACGUUGGCCUCGCACCAGCCCAUAGCCUGGCCCAAUCCAAGGGAAAUUGCUCAUGCAGGGAAUGCAGACAUGAUCCAACCAGGACUCAUCCCCUUACAGCCCAACCUAGACUUCAUGGACUCCUUUGAUCCACUACAAGACUUAUUUCACAGCCUCCGUCAGCCCGUCUUCCCCUCUGUUUCUCCCACUCCAUCAUCUGUCACCCCACUACCCAGCAGCAGUACUCAGUCACAGGCUCAGUUAAUGCCCUCCAUGCAGCUCUCAAGCAACCACAUCACUCCCUCUGGCCCCCUUCCCAUCCCCUCUCAAAUGGCCAGUCAGACCAGUCCAACAGGUGGCGGCGGUGAUGCUUCCUAUGUACAGAACUAUAUGCCCCUGUUUCCCGGACAGGUGGCGACCGGCGAUCAAGCAGCAGUAGUUUCCUCUCAGCCGCUAUCGCACGACCCUCUGGUGCAGUGCCUUCCAGGUCAGGACAUGGUCUCUGCAGGAUCCAUGGUUCCCUCUCCCUUAGACAACAGCUCAGCUCUGGAUGAGGCUGUUUCACCGUCCGUGAUCACACACACGGCCUCCUCCACCGUCAACGACACGGUCACCACCUUCAGCCACAGCUCAGACUAUAGCUCCAUAUCCCCCCAACCGCCACCGCCUCUUCCUUCCCAACUUCAACCCCUGGCUCCGUUACCCUCCAUGCCUGUCCAGCACCCUCAGACCUUUGCCCUGCCUCGCCCUUUUCCGUCAUCCGGUCCCAACAAAUCCCGGCCCAUGCAAAGGAUUGCUCCUGCGAACCCCCUUCCCUCCUCCCACCUCAUCCUCACAGCCCCUUUCCCAGGUCAUGCCAAUGCUGUGAUAGUCACACCGACACCCCUGAAAGCAGACGUCUCUAACACUAGUAUGGUCAUCGCACCUUCUCAUCUUGCAGCGGCUUCUGGAUUUCACGUUUUGCCUCAGACGCAGAAAUCUCCCCAGUCGAUCAAAGAAAAGUCGUACUCUUCCAGCCGCAAAAAUCAGAAAGCUUCCUCUACAGUUGUUCACAGUCAACCAGGAUCUGGACAAGGAUCCCCAUGUGGGUUAGAUCAAGUUCCUAGUCCCCAGUCAAUAAUCAGCAGCACAGCUCUUAUAAAGAAUGAGCACAAUCAGGGCCGAAGGACAACUCACAUAUCUGCUGAGCAGAAGAGACGCUCAAACAUCAACAUUGGCUUUAAGACGCUCUGUAACCUGGUUCCCACCCUAAAGGCACAAUCAAAUAUCAGUAAUGCAGUCACAUUACAGAAGACAGUGGAGCACAUUGGAAAGCUCCAGCAGGAGAGGCAGCAGAUUCAGGAAGAGGUCAAGAGACUACGGGAGGAGAUAGAGGACCUCAACACUUCCAUCAACUUUUGUCAGGAGCAGCUGCCUGCGACAGGAGUGCCCGUGAGGCGGCAUCGCGUCGACCACAUGCAAGAGAAGUUCAGUGAAUACGUGAAGAACCGCACUCUUCAGGACUGGAAGUUCUGGAUUUUCAGCAUCAUCAUCAAACCGCUCUUCGAGUCAUUCAACGGGAUGGUGUCGACGGCGAGCAGAGCAGAGCUGUGUCAAACCACUCUUCAAUGGCUUGAUCGUCAUUGCUCCCUUCCGGCGCUCAGACCGAUGGUGCUUAGUACCCUUCGCCAGCUGAGCACAACCACGUCCAUUCUCAGUGAUCCAUCCCUGCUUCCUGAAGAAGCCAUCCAGUCCGUCACACACACAGAUCUUUAGCCUCGCCCUCAUCAGCGGCUGAGGUCACCCAACGAACCCAAUGAACUUUUUUAUCAGGGGCAAAAAAAAAACAACAACAACAUAUCACUAGUUUUCCUUAAAGCCUCUCAGAGAGAUCACCAAGUCUUCCACGGGUGCACAAAUUGAAGAUCGAUGCAGACUAGGGCACGUGUGCGUUUGCUCUUUUGUACAUUGAUUCUUCGCAGGGAGCGCUCGCCGAGCCCAGCGGUGGUGCAAAAACGGCUUUCAUCGUUGGAUUAACUACUGCUACUACCCUCAUCUCCUUCAGGUGACAAUCUUCUAAUACCUUUCGGAAGCCGGUACUUGUGGUUUAUCUCUUGAACAACAAUAUAUAUUUAGAUGUAAAUGAUGUAAAUGAUGCAAAGUCACAACAUUGUGUCAAAAAGGGAAAUAUUGAGUGAAUGUUAAUUGUGUGUCCUCUCCUGGAUGUGUAAAGUGCGUGGAUAUGACUUUUUUGUUUUGUUUUGUUUGUUUUUCGACCGGGGGGUUGGGGGGCAGAAAGGUCUCCUACCAGGGUGCAAGGGAUCGCCUGAAACAUGUUGAACACUCGUGUCUAAUCAAUGCCAGAAGGAUGUGAGCUAUUUUCUUCAUUUACUCAGGUGAAUGUUUUUUUUUUUCUGUUUUUGCCAGUUAACUAUAGUUGUUUCCUGGUGUUUUUUUGUUUUUAUCCGUCCAUGUUGAUCCUCUGCCUAACUGCAAAUCACACUCAUCUUAGAUCUGUUACACAAAAUGAGUUUCUACGGAGCAGAUCACAGCGCGGUGGAGCGAUAUUACUUCAUAGCCCUCAUAGGGAGCAUACCUGAAAUAUUAGUACAGAUUAUACAUAUUAUAUAUACGAUAUUCACAUGUACAGUGUUAAAAGAUCAACAGGGGUCUGUUCUGUUCUGUUCUGUGUUAGUCGCUCAGGGCUAAUUAUCUUAAACUCAUUUGUGAACAAAUCAAGCCGGGUUCCUUCUCAGCAGUAAAGACGUGUUCGUAAGGGUACAGGUUACACUAAUUCAGGAGGAAGACACAGAAACACACGAAAAGCCAUGGCGUAGACUAGUUCAUCCAGCUGUACACCUUAUUAGUUGUGUUACUGACAUAAUGUUGGACGGACCACUCCGAUCUGUUGGCAACUUGAGAAUGAGAUACCAUGCAGGUGGUGGUUGGCUUGUUUGGCACACGUCAGCCUUAAGGUCAAAGUGUCCUUACCUGUGAUCAUGGCAGGCUGAUUUGUCUUUUGUUAUAUUGUUAUUGUUGUUGUUGUUGUUGUUAUUAUUAUUUGAGGUUCAGCACUCCUCAGGCAGAAUUUUGCUUCCUUUUUUUUGUAGAACGGCUGAGUUUACGUAACAAUGCACAAUUUUUAUUUGACAAAUGUGCAUCCUUUUUUGGGGAGGGAGGGGCGGGUGCGCAGUUUUUAUUGUGAAUUGCAAGUUUCUUUAAUGGGAGACUUUCCUUUUCUACAUUGUGAUUUACCUGUCAGUGUAUAGGCUGCUCAAAAUACCAUGAGACAGAAAAAACUGUCAUUAAAAAAAAAAACAAAAACAACAAAAUAACUCUUUUACAAUUCCACAACCUUAUGUUGUGUUGCAAAUCAAAGUUCAGUGCACCUCUGAGUGCAGCUGUGGCUUUAACCGCUUCAAAGCUUGACAGCAUGACAAAAGCAACAGUGUUCUGCUGCAGUUUAGCAUCUGACGUUUCAUAAUUUCAUUGUUUUUUCCCCCCACUCUCAUCCAUUGAUUUCACCGUGUUUGUCACACCAGAGCUGAGAGAUUUAUACCGUUUCUGUGAGUGUGGUUUUAGCCAGAUGAUGUCUGACAGCAGCAAGUCUAUAUCAGAUCUGCCUUUGUUGAUUCUCCCCGCGUUAAGGAUUUUGUUUGUUUUAAGAAGAAAAUAUAUUUUCAUAUGCUGCAUAUGAGUUUUUUUUGUGUUUAUUUUUUUUUUGUGUUCUCUUCAUAAGUUCCCAAAUGUCUACAUGAAACAUGUAGGCUAAUAUUUUAAAAAAUGCCUUAACUGAUUCUGAAUCACAAUAAACGCAACAAAGACGAA